GCGUUCGUCCGUUCGUUGAGCAUUCAACCCGUUCAUUGUGAACGCCGCUCUAAGCGGGACCCAAAGUUUUCUCCAUUGUGCUCUCGACGAGAAAAUUUCUGCCAUGGACAACAUUCGAGAAGAAAUCGAAUUUGUAUUGGCGAGGCAUGGUCUACCAGCGAGCCGUGACCGGCUCGCGAUGGGCUUUCUGAUCAAUCACUUAGUGGAGAAAAUGAGUCGGAGGCUUGAGAGACAGUUCGCCGAAAAAAUCGAAGAGAUGGGCGCCGAACAAAGUCACUCGAGCAAACGCGUUCGUCGGGACGACGUUCUCAGUUGGACCGAGUCCUUAUCAAGUACUCGGAGUGCUCCUUGGGGAUUCGAUGUUUCCGGUGUCCACGACACACUCGACGGCUGCUUCGUUCAGGACCGACUUCUCCCGCACCCAAACCAACCAGCUUUCUCCUUGAGUCUCGCAUUCGAGGACCUCGAAUCCGUUCCAAAUGGCAAGAUCCCCGAUGAGCUCUACAACAGCGUUAGAACGAUAGAUCUGACGGGCAACCGUCUGACGGACGUUCAAUUCUUGUCUGAUUUCGAGAACUUGAAAACGGUCAUCCUCGACCACAACAGAAUCAGUUGUCUCACGGUGUUCCCGAAAAUUCCGGGAUUACACACAUUAAGCCUCAACUACAACCGCGUGCUAUCAGCGGCUCCAUUCAUACCGUCCCUGGCACAGCAGUGUCCCAGUCUCCGGAUACUGAGUUUGAUGGCUAAUGAGGUGUGUCCAAAUUAUUUGAACGGAGGCACGGAACAACAAAACGAACUAUAUCGACAUUUCAUCAUCCGACACUUUCCUAAACUCGAGUAUCUCGACGACAGCUUCAUCACGAACGACGAACGAGAGGGAGCUCUCGAAUCUUCUGCAGCCGUACACGGCUAUCAAUGUAGUUUGGACGAAGGAAUCGACACCGAAUGAGGAGCGAAUACUCCAUCGACUCAUUGCGGGGCUGAACUAAGUCUCAUCGCAUAGUCGCUAGUAUUUGAUGAGUCUAAAUUAAAGGGAAGACUGCCUCAAAACAGGCGACGAGCUCGAUAAGCCCCCACCAGGAUCUCUCCGACAACCGCUUUAGUCUAUUUUGGCGCUCCUGUCUGAUCAUCAUUAAAAUAAUAAUUCUGUCGAGGAAUAGUAGUUUUCCAAUUCUGAUCCGACAGGAGUGUUCUAUCAUAAAGAAAAAAUGAUAUGUUCAUAUAUGCUCAGUGACUAUUUCGACAGUUUGUCGUGCUUGGAUUUUGUUCCAAGGAGCCUCUGGAGUUACCCUAAUUAAUUAAUAAACAUUCGGCCCUUGGCCUCGAUUG